GCCAGAAAAGGUUAUAAAACAACCCAGCACAUGCCUACAAGCUACAAUCUGUUGGAGAACAUCACUCAUUUGGAUUUGAACUUUAACGCAGACCCCGGAGAAUUGGUUGUGAAGUCGACUAAGGCAAUUCCUAUCCUGAAAGACCAGACAGGAGCAGUAUUGAUGGCUGCCACAGAGUAUGGCAAGGGUCGAAUGGUAGUUUUUGGCCACGAGCAAUACCUAAUGGCACCUCAGCUUCACACGCUUGUAAGUAACUGUGUGAGAUGGAUGAAAUCGAAUCCAGAUGCUGUCGUGGGUCUUCCAAAAUUCUAUGAGGGUGUUGCAAGCAUUCUCACUGCCGCUGGCCACAAGGUGAAAAUAUCAGACAAGUUUGAUAACAGCAUGGGAGUGUUCUUUGUUAAUGGACAGGAACAAAUCUCACAGCUCCCGGAACUUACUGAAUUUAUCAAGGGAGGUGGGGGAGUCAUGAUUGGAGCCCAGGCUUGGUGCUGGUGCAGUGAAAACCCAGGCAAAGAUCCCUUGGCUCACUUUCCUGCAAACAAACUCACAGGAUUAGCAGAUAUCUAUUUUGGACCAAAUAAAAGACCCCGGGGAUAUUAUACAAUUCAUACAACAACAUCUGAGGCGCCAGAAAAGGUUAUAAAAACAACCCAGCACAUGCCUACAAGCUACAAUCUGUUGGAGAACAUCACUCAUUUGGAUUUGAACUUUAACGCAGACCCCGGAGAAUUGGUUGUGAAGUCGACUAAGGCAAUUCCUAUCCUGAAAGACCAGACAGGAGCAGUAUUGAUGGCUGCCACAGAGUAUGGCAAGGGUCGAAUGGUAGUUUUUGGCCACGAGCAAUACCUAAUGGCACCUCAGCUUCACACGCUUGUAAGUAACUGUGUGAGAUGGAUGAAAUCGAAUCCAGAUGCUGUCGUGGGUCUUCCAAAAUUCUAUGAGGGUGUUGCAAGCAUUCUCACUGCCGCUGGCCACAAGGUGAAAAUAUCAGACAAGUUUGAUAGCAGCAUGGGAGUGUUCUUUGUUAAUGGUCAGGAACAAAUCGCACAGCUCCCGGAACUUACUGAAUUUAUCAAGGGAGGUGGGGGAGUCAUGAUUGGAGCCCAGGCUUGGUGCUGGUGCAGUGAAAACCCAGGCAAAGAUCCCUUGGCUCACUUUCCUGCAAACAAACUCACAGGAUUAGCAGAUAUCUAUUUUGGACCAAAUAAAAGACCCCGGGGAUAUUAUACAAUUCAUACAACAACAUCUGAGGCGCCAGAAAAGGUUAUAAAAACAACCCAGCACAUGCCUACAAGCUACAAUCUGUUGGAGAACAUCACUCAUUUGGAUUUGAACUUUAACGCAGACCCCGGAGAAUUGGUUGUGAAGUCGACUAAGGCA